AUGGCGGCUGUACCAACAAUGCGGCAGCUGGGCUGUCUCAGGUCAUUGAUCAAGACCCCUGAGGUCACUCAGUCACAAAUUGGGCGUCGAUUCAUUUCGUCUGCCUACUCCCAGCGACCGGAGCGCGUUCCUCUCCCUCCUAACCUCCCCAAGCAGUUCCUGUCACAAAUUCCGGAGCGCAUGCAGCCCGACAAUGGCCCCAAGCCCGUCAAGGUCUACCCUCCGCCUCCCUCCACCCGCGCAGCCUGCAAGGACCCCGUCGCGAGUGUCACGGAGUCGCAAUUGUCCGUUCUCGAUCCCAAGGGUGACCGCAAGGCCCUGUUCGACUACCGCAGAAACCCUCGCAGCGUUAAGCCCGGUGAUAUAGUUCGAGUGACCUUCAAGAACGGCGACCCAUUCAACGGUGUUGUUCUGAGCAUCAAGCUGCGCGGCAUUGACACCUCUUUCUUGCUGCGCAAUGAACUCACUCGUGUGGGUGUGGAAAUGUCCGUGAAGGUGUUCAACCCCAACGUUCAGAGCGUGGAGAUUGUCCAGCGUGCCAUGCGCAAGCCUCGUCGCGCUCGUCUGUACUACAUGCGGUCCCGGAAGCACGAUCGCCGCAGUGUGGAGAAUGUUGUCGCUGCUUAUAUCCGCCAGAAGAAGGCAUUCCUGGGCAACGCCAAGCGGUAA